UGCCGGGGACCGGCGGCGGCGAGGAAGGGCGAGCGGGAGCAGACCCCGUGCCGCGCCCGACAGCCGGGCCGGGCCGGGCCGGGCCGGGCCGGGCCGGGAGGGCAGGCCGGCAGAGGAGGAGGAGGGCGGCGGGAGCAGGUGGGCGAGCGGCGGGGCGGCCGCGCCGGCACUGGGCCCGCCUCGCCGCGCCCGCGGGCCCCCAUGGCCGCAGCGCGCCCGCCGCACACACCCACCGCCGCCCCCCGGUGAGCGCCGCCGCCGCCCCUGGGGCUCGGCGCUGCCGCUGCGCGCCCGCGGCGGGGCCGCUACCCGCGGCCGGGGCUGAGAGCGGCGGGAGGCGGGCCGGGCCGGGCCGGGCGGAGGAGGAGGCACCAUGCAGGCGCGGCGCUUGGCCAAGCGCUCCAGCAUGGGCAGCCGGCGGCUGAGCGCGGGGCCGGUCGCCGCGCAGGCGGACGCGGUCCGGCCCCCCAAGCCCGAGAGCGCCUGGAGGCCGCCCCGGCGGGAGGGCUCCGCUGCGGCGCUGGAGGAGGAGGACGAAGACGAGGACGUGGUGGUGGAGGUAGAGGAGGAGGAGGAGGAAGAAGAGGGCGGCCUGGGGAGUCCCCCUCCAACGCUGACCGGACACGGCAAGGGACCCCCCCGCGGGACCCUCAAGGCAGCCAGCAUCAAGCGUGAAAUGACCUUCCCUGCAUUUCAACAGGAGGAUGUAAAAUGUGACAUCAGUCAAAAACUACCAGACCAACAGUUUCUCCUGUUCACCGCAAAGGAGGAAGAUUUAAAAACAGCAGAGACCAAAAAACCAAGCAGAGCUCAUGAGUAUGAGAAGGAAAACACUCGUUCUGUUUGUCUUCUGGAACAGAAGCGCAAGGUUGUUUCUUCAAAUAUUGAUGUGCCUCCAGCAAGAAAAUCUUCAGAAGAACUGGACAUGGAUAAAGUAACAGCAGCCAUGGUACUCACCAGUUUAUCCACCAGCCCCUUGGUCCGCAGCCCUCCUGUCCGACCCAACGAAUCCCUAAAUGGAUCUUGGAAAGAAGGAGGAUUUGUGCCUUCUAGUACCAGCAGCAGUGGAUACUGGAGCUGGAAUGCUCCCAGUGACCAGUCCAACCCGUCCACCCCAUCUCCACCUCUGUCAGCUGAUAGCUUCAAAGCUUUUCGGACACCUUCUCAGACAGAUGAUGGUAUUGACGAAGCCGAAACAAGCAACCUUCUCUUUGAUGAACCCAUUCCUAGGAAGAGGAAGAACUCCAUGAAGGUGAUGUUCAAAUGCCUGUGGAAAAACUGCGGGAAGGUACUGAGCACAGCUGCGGGGAUUCAGAAACACAUACGGACCAUUCACCUUGGACGUGUAGGAGAGUCUGACUACAGUGAUGGAGAGGAGGAUUUUUACUACACAGAAAUCAGGCUCAAUACGGACUCAGUAGCUGAUGGCUUAAGCAGUCUUUCCCCAGUCUCUCCAUCUUUAGCAUCUCCUCCUGCCUUUCCCACCCAAGAUGCAAUCCGUCCUGAAACUUCCUGUGCCAAAACCGAGACUAAAUUGAUGACACCUCUGAGCCGCUCAGCUCCUACCAACCUCUACCUCGUACACACGGACCAUGCUUACCAGGCCACUCCUCCAGUGAACAUUCCAGGGUCAGCAAAAUUCACUCCCAAUGGCAGUAGCUUUAGCAUCUCCUGGCAGUCGCCUCCAGUUACCUUCACCGGCAUUCCAGUCUCACCAACUCAUAAUCGUCCUGCAGGGAGUGGAGAGCAGAAACAGUCCCACACAGUUCUUUCAUCACCGCCUAGAGUAGCAUUUGGCUUGAGGAAGCCUAGAGGGGAGGGGAAAAAGUGUCGGAAGGUCUAUGGGAUGGAGAACAGAGAUAUGUGGUGUACUGCCUGCCGAUGGAAGAAGGCCUGCCAAAGGUUCAUCGACUAAAGAUUGAAAUUAUGCAGAGGAUUUUGGGAUGGGGGAGGACAACAGCAGAACCAGAUUGCUGCAGCUGCACUGUAUCACUUCCCAUUUUCCCUCCAGUGAUGUGGUGUUGCGGGUUUUGUUUUUUCGGGGUGGUUUUUUUUUUUAAAAGAGCUUUGUAUUUCAAAGUGAAGCACUUGUAGCCAAGGAAAAGCACUAAUCAAAACCUGUGUGGAGCAAUAGAGAAAAAAAACCAAGGCAAGCAAAACCAAGAGCGUACAGCAGAAAUCUGUCUUACUAAGUACGGAAACCAGAGCAGCUAGUAGUGUUUUUCUGUAAAAGAAAGGAAAAAGUUAAAUUUUUUGCUAACUCUGUGAGCUGCUUGCUCUCUAGGAUCAUUUUUAACCAUUUCAGUCUCUGUGCUGUGAACGUCUGUAUUUGCUAAACUGAACACUUUUUCUUUUCAUGAAACAAAGAUCUCUUUUUGAAAGCUUUCUAAUAAACACUUCAGAGUCCUAUAAGCUACAGUUUUCUCAGCAAAAGCUGUACUAAGACUGGAGACUGCUAAAUAAUUCUCCUGAUACAAAUGAUCAUGAUUAUAUUCUAUUUUUGGAAAGGGUAUGUGGGGAGGAGUUGGGAUUUUCAUUUGUUUGUUUAUGGGAGCCAAGCAAAGUCUGAAUUCGCAAGAAGGACAAGCAGUGCUCCUGGAAGAUUUUUAAACCAGGCACAGACCAGUGGAGUGGAACGAAGUAAUUUAAGUACCAAAUUGGAUUUUGAUACUCUAGAGGAAGAAAAGCAGCAAUGGAAAGUCACCAGCAGAUACUGUCACAACAAGAACUUGAGAGAAGAAAUCCAGGGAUGCUUGCUUGAAACCUGUAAGAAUAUAAUGGGGGGCCAGUAGCUUGUCUUGCUGCUCCCCUGUUCCUGAGGGAGGAUGAAGAGUUGGACCAGCGCGCCUGUUGCUGCAGGAGGCCUAUAAAGAACUGGUAAAUGCAGCCAAGAUUAUCUGUAAUACCUAUUCAGGGACACGAUCCAGCCCAGCAGUUCUGCUCUUUGCUUCCUUUUCUCUUAUUUGAGAGAAUGUUGUUAAGAUAAAGUUUGCUCAGCUUUUUUUUUUCACCUUAUUAUAGUUGCUAAGAUUUAUUUGAUGCAAAAAGUUAGUAGAGAAAAGAAAAUACCCUGUUUCCACAACAUCAUCUCAGAAAAAGAAGUUCAGCAACAAAGGAGCAACGUAUUUAUGGUAAAAGUCCAUUUCUUAAGUCAUUUUGAUACACAAAUUAACAAGUUUCUCUACUUGCAGGACUUGGAUAGAUUUGGGUACUUCAGUUUCUCUGUCCAUGAGGAUAGACAAUUGUCUAAGGUGGCUCGUUCUCACUAAAAUAAGGGGACUCAAAGUAUCUAAAAUGCUCUCUCAAAUCUGGUCCAAAGUUGACGUGAUAGCUUUAUGAAGUGUGCAUUGCUGCUUAUGCCUAUGUAAAAGCACAAACCAACAAUGCAGUCAUUUAGAAUAUACACUAUGAAUUCAGUAAAGCAGUACUGAGAAGUAAAAUCUAUAAUAGGAGCUACUGAAGGUUAUCAUCUGAUUUUCUUUGAACAAGUUAAUUGGGCAAUCAGAUGCCUCAUUUGAGCACACUAUUGCUGCAGUUGUUUACAAAUGGUGUGAUUUACAUGCACAAGUGGCAAGACACGCUUGCAUGCACCCAAUUACUUGAUUUUUUGCCCUAUGUGUUCUCUAAGUCAUUAAAGAAAGCAAAAAAGAAAAAUAAGACUCUGAAAUCUAGUAAGACCCUGAAAUAUAUACACAUAUGUGUGUAUGAUUAUAUAUACAUGAAACUAUAUAUUAUGUAGUUACAUAUAUAUAUAUAUAAAAAAAAAAAUCUGGGAUCAGCAGGGAGGAGAAAGAUUGUUUUCUUUAUAAAUAUAAAACCCAAGACACUAAAGGUCCGUGGGUAUACGUAGCCACUGUAUUAUCUUCUUUCCUCUUAGUAAAAUGUGGGUCAUGGUAUUUCUUUGGAUGUUGUAUUUUUUUCAAUGCCCUUAGUAAAAUACCUCAUAGUAAUUCAUAGUCGUUUAUCUUCAAACAUGGAGCUUGCUGAUGGUGCAUUUACUUUGGUAGAAUUAGAAAACGUGGGAUCUUUCCAAGAUCCUCCUGCCAGUUUCACCCUCCCCAUUUUUACAAGCACUCUGAGACUAAUUAUGAAGUGUUCCAUAAUUAAUUUGACUAUCGUUAGACUGACAGUAUUUGCCUCUAUAUUUGUUGUUCCCCUCCUUUUAUUUUUUCCCUUUUUGCUUUGGAAGAUUUUUUUGGAAAUUAAUGUAUCAGAUUGUAUAUUGUUUCUAUAAUGUCAUGGCAUCAUGAGCACCUUCCUGAGGGCACUUUACGAAUUAUUGUAAUAAGAUUAUUCUUUAUGAAUUUCUGCAUGGAAGAAUGGUUUUGUUGCCAGACCAGAUUGCCCUCUGGUACAGAUUUGAUACGGAUUACACAGAGGCACAAAAGCCACAAAUCGUCAAAGCGGGAUAGAAAGUUGGCGUUAACAAAACAGAGGACAGAAGAUACUUGGUAAAUCCUGCCAGGACAAAGCUCAGUUACCAGUGUUUUUACACAACGUUUAAUCAGCAGUUUAUAUUAAAUCAGUUUUGCAUCUUAUGGCUGUGGCAUUUUGAUUCAAAAGCAGGCACUUCUCCAGUUGCCGUGGAUAGCGGUAGCGAGGCAGCGCGGCCGCCCGGACCCGCAUGAAGCGCUCACCAGUCGCUUCAUGCCUUGAACUCAGAUUACUUCAUGUCGCACGAGCACUGCAGCUCCCACCGAGAUCCCCUUCGCCCUCCUGACACACCCAGCAGCGAACAGAAACGUCAGCAAAGCCUUUCAUGUGCUGGCAGUACCAGCACCGUCUGGAAUAACCUCUUCUGGUUUUCAGUCUCUUGCUUCUGUGUUGCUCUAAGCUGCGUCGCUGUCCUCCUCAUGUCCAUUCAGCUCACGCUUCUGCACCGGCCUCUUGGAAGAGUCAGGCUUCUCUGUUUUCCCAAGGAAGGGCUAGCUGUAUGCUGUGGGCAUCUGUCAUCAUCAGUACAUGCAAUUUCCCCUGUUGUGGUUUCUCUGCAGGAGGUAGGUCAUUGUCUCUGACCUCCCAGAGAAGUCAGAAAGAGUGACCUGAAUGCAUCACACAGGCUCUGUGUGCUGCAGGGAUUUGGAUGUGGGUUUGUUCAUGUCAAAAGCCAGAACUUACCCCUGAGAUACAAAAAUGGACGGAUCUAUUUUAUUGGGUUUAACCACUUACUAGUAUUGAUGCUUGUAACAGAAAUUGCCGUGGAGAUCAACUGUAUAGAUCUCAAAUAUUUUUCUUCAGGAGCUGUCUUGCUAAACAAAGCUGUUUCCCACUUCCCCAUUUACCCCAUCCCCCCAAAGAUCUAGAAAAAAUAAUUUUAGAAGUGAGAAAUUUUAAUGGCAGUUUUUAAAAUGUCGCUGUGUUCCAACUGCUCCUGUAUGAAGCUAUUGGACGUUACAAACUCAAAUCAUCGUCGUCAUAAAACGAUUUCCACCCAAAACAAUGUGCCUGAUUCUCUAGUGCCUUGCACAAAUGUAACACGAUACACAAGAUGCAAAGGGAGCAAGAACUCUUCCAUUCCAACUAGCAGGUUUAACUGACUUUUAACCAGUGCCACUUGUCAGCUGGUGGGUAUCUGUUGUUGUGUAAACCAGACCUGUAUGCCCUGCCAGUGUGAUUAAGUGGAGCAGAAUGCCUGUCUGUUGAAUUGCUUUUUCCAAAUCACUAGCCUGGUAUGAACGUCGGCUGUCAAAUGAUCCCAGUUUCCUCGCACCCAUUCGCUAUCCCCACCAUCACUUUGUUCAUUCCUUCUCCCUUUUUGAAGGUAAUGACCAGGUGGGCAACACAAUAGGAGUCAAAGCUUUGGCCAAAAGUUCUUGUAAAACCUGCGUGUAAGAGCAAUUCCAGCUCCAUGCAAUAUCCCAGAUGUUCUUGUCACUCACUUUUUAUUUUUCAGUCAUUCUGACCUGGUGAGUCAGGAUGGUUUCCUCUCUCUUGCUAUGGUCUGGGACCAGCAAGAGUGGCCCUGCCAAGAGUUCAGGACAAUCACUGUAAGUGUGGCAAUGCAAAGUGGUUUCUUUCUUCCCCUGCCUGUAAAUAUGUUGAAACACCAUUUCAGAAAUAGGACCUGAAAUCAGAAGCUUGCUAGCUAUAGACAGAGACUUCAGAGGUUACCACUGAGGCUUGUUUCUCUUGGUUCAAACUCUGGUCAUCUGUUGGAGAAAGUUGUGCUGCACCUUUUCAUAGAAAUAUUUCAAUAAGGGAACGUUUGUGAAGUCUCAGCUUGGUCUUAUAUUUACACUUUGUUCAAUCUUCUUGAAAGGUGGUAGGUAGCACUGGAACUGAGACCUCUGUGGAGUAGGGGAUUUAAUCUGCAUUCAUCAGGGGUUUUCUCAAUGAUAACUGCAGGCUGCUGCAAAGCAUCAUAGCGUAGAUUUUGUUCUAGUCUAAGUUCAGGGGAGUUUUAUGGCACCUUUAGCAAAAUAGCUAGAAAGUAAUCCCCAAGAAAAAUUAAUCAGGCUGAGGGUUUAAAUACAUUCUGCAUCUGCUAGAUGUGAGCAGCCCUCGUCUGCAUCUAUGAGGAGAAGCCAGAACAACCCUGAAAACAAAUCAGUCUCUUUCCGAUGACACCAAGUGAAAUAAAACACGGGCUGCUCCUGUGCCUGCUCAUACCCACAGCAAGAAUUCAUUUGGCCAGCCAGCUGAUGACACGUAAGGGAAGAGAUAAAUUUAGUAACAAGCCAGUGUUCUGCUUCUUAACACAACACUAAGAAUUAUUUUCCUUCCGUGUUUGAAUCCGAAUGUGAGAUCUCCAGUAUACCCUUGAGGGGAAUUAAUUCAGUGAUACAAAUUCUGUUUUGGCUUUCCUAUGACUUGGGCAUCUACACAGUAUUAUACUAAUGGGUUUCAAGAUUAAAUCUGAAUUCUUGAUGUAGUUCAGUGUUAAGGAUGGACUCAGAUGUUUUAUAAUGUUUGAAUGUUAGUGUUUACUAUUUGCCAAUCCUUUUUAAAAGAUCAGGUUUUACUUUGGAGUCCUUAUCUCAGUAUGUUAUACCGUGCAGCACUUAGUGUAUGAUGUGUAAUGCUCGGAUAAAAAAUGUUACUGAAAUGCUUGUAAAAACUGUGUUUGGAAGACAGGAAGAAAACCAGAGUUCAUGCAGAUUUCCUCAGGGAACGUAAGAGGGCUGUAAAGGCAGGGUGUAGCUUUAUUUGAAUGGAUGAUGGCUAACAAAUAUUUUUUUUCCUAGGCAAAAUUAAAGAGCAAUAUGUCACUACUUGAAUUACUGAAAUUGGAAGGAAGCACUAAUUACUGAACAAGGUUUUAACGCUACAGCUUAUGACGUUCCAAAUAGGGAAAAAAACCAUGUUAGAUGAUAUGAAAAUACAGAAAAUGAGCUUGAACCAUAUCCUAAUUAUUGUAUAAAUCUAUACAUUUGUAUAAAUCUUUUAAGAUCUACUGUAAAUAGGAAGGCUUCUUGUUUAUAUAGCUGCUUGGUCAAAGGAUACUUUGCCUAUAAUUGCAUUACUUCUUACCAAAUCACUUCAGCAAGCAAAAAACUAAUAUUUUAGCAUGAUAUCCUGGAGGUGCUGAGUACCCACUUUGCAAAGCGCUAAUUCUACAUGGAAUUAAAAGAAACUGUGAGACCAUGGUUUUGGUAGGGGGUUUUUUGUAUCUGCAAAGGUAUCAGCUUCAGGAAACCCAAGAUUUCAUUGAGCCCUGUUAAUUGGUACUUUGAAGGAAUAAUAUGCAAAUUCUCAAUUUUUUUCUUCAUUUGUAUGCAAAGAAAUUAUUUUGGGUCCAUAAUAAUUUUUUCCUGUCAACUCUUUCUCCUGUGUCCAGGGACUCCAUUUUGCAAAUUCCCAAAUAUUUAUACUGAAGCGAAUGAAGAUGAGGCUCUUCAAUAUUAGGACCUAAAAGUGUAAAUAGCACCUGGCAUCAGAAUUUGCAGUAUCAGUAUUUAGCUGUAGUAAUUAAUUCUUGCAGUGAAGCCAACAAAUCUUUCAGGGAAGGGGAGCACCUAACCUAUAAAUGAGCAGGUUUGGCUGUGCAGAGGUAGAGCUGCUGGUAUUCCAGCAGUAAAACGUAGGCUCACAUUGAUCAGAGCACUCAAGUAGGGGUUUAACUUUGUGUGCGAGUUUGUUGAUGAGACUAUCAGUGUUUCUAAAGUUAGGCACACAUUCGUAUGCUCUUCUGAAACCAGGCCUUUGGCAAGAGCACAUACUCUUACAGCUUUGUUUGAAAUAUGCACUUUGUAAGACAAUCUAUCUUUCUCUGAUUUUAUGCAACUUAUCUUGUGUUUAGAAGACCAGACAAAUUUAAGAGAAUUUUAGUUUUUUAAUUACUUUUUGCAUCGCAGAGGGAAAGUGAGAAAGAAGGCAGGUUUAACCAUACACUUGAGCACGUGAAAGCAUUGCCUAGGUUUGUAAACGGUGUCCGUUUGCCAUCAAGUUUAAAGGAACUCAUUGAAGCACGUCAGAAAAACAACACAUGACAAGCAGGUCACGUUAUAUAAAUGUACGUAGUUCCAUCUGUAUUCCCUGUACGCUCAACACUCCUCCAGGCAACUGGAGGCAUAGGAGCUCUUAGUGUGCAAGGAAACAUACAAGUAAGUUUCCCUAAAAACUUUAGGAAUGCUGUGCUUUUAAGCCAGAGAUGAUGUUGUCUGUGUAAUUUGUAGUGUUAAAAGGAAAUAGAUGGUAGCCUUAUUAACAAAGUGCAAUACUUACAAAGGGCUAAAUUAUGGAAACAAGUGGUGUGUGUUUGUACACCACUGCGAAAUGUGCACUCUGUUAAAACUGACUUUUAUAGCACUGCGAUCUUAUUACCUCUCUGAAAUUAUAAUGUUGGUAUAAUUUUAUAACCAUUUUGUACAUCGUGAAACAGGAUUUGGGAUUGCUUGGCUUGAAAUUGUAUUCUUUUGAAAAUAACUUUUAAAAUAGAGAGAUUCCUUCAUCACACUGUACAGUCUGAAUGAGAUCAUACAACAUGACCUGCUCCAUCUUAUGUGGAGAGUUCAUGCAAAUUUAUAUAGCUUAUAUACCUACACAGAGGUAUGUAACAUCAAGGAGGUUAUAUAGGAAAAGAUUACAUUAAGGGUUCGUGGUUCAGUUAUGAAAAGGGUUUCAACAAUCAAACUAAAAGCUCCACUCACAUAUUUUUUCUCUCCAUCUGCACCAUGGGGUCAACAGAAUACAGGUUGCCAAGUAUGGUGUGUCUUGCUAUCAUACACCUUACAGUGACGACAUGCCAUUUUUCCAUCGCUGUUACUGUUCAGUCUUAGAGUCCAGAAUUAACUAAAAGACAGGAAUAAUCCCAUCUGUUGCACAAAAGCUCUUUGGUUGUUUCCCUGUUUGACUGACUUACAGGAAAGGGCCAAAGGACAAGCUCAAAUUCAGGGACGUUAGUUGAAAGAGGCUUGAGCCAGUCAGGUAAGACUUGAAACAAAAUUGCUCAGAAUCAGAUCCCAAUAGGAGGAAACUAGUCUUAAGCAGUCAAUUACAGAAGUUUUUUGGCUUGUUGUUUUGGGUUUUUUUUUAAAUUACAAGCCUGAUAAGAAGUCUUGUUACACAGUUAAGAGCAAAAUGCAGAUAGUGUUGUAACUAGAUGGGCCCUCAAAGCAUUACGGAUUUUCUCAGGAGAGUUGCAAUUACUCCCAUAAAUAACUGCACUGACUAGGGCUGCUCAAGCAGGUAAGGGGUGUAGAACAAAGGCACUUGGGUUUUCCUCCGUGUGACUGUUUCUGCUGUAAUUGGGAGUGUGAUUGCUUGAGAAGCAGAUUUUGCUGUUAGGCUUUGUGAGAGGGAUGGACAGGCACCCAGGCACAUUGGCGUGGCCGCUGGAAGAUGCUGGCCCAGUUUCUAGCAAUACCAAAGUGGCAGUACUUUGGAUGUGUCACUUUGUGACAGAUUUAAGAGCUGUUAAGUACCAUGGUAUUCAGCCUGUAAUCCACCCUACUGAUAGCAGGCCCAGGGAGAGGGAGGAUUCCUGGGAGGGGAUCCAAUAUAGCAAACCUGUUGUGAAGGGUGUCACCACCAUGGUCAUCAUGUUGUCAGCUGGAGCAAGUGCUCCAUGUGUUGUGUCCAGCCUGAGGGAAGUGGUUACCUGCAUUCAUUCAUGACCCACAGUACAGAAUGCUCUUCUGAAGAAUACUCUUUCUUUCAGAGCUUAAAAUAAAACUUUUGGGAGAACUUUUAUGUUAUGGAAGUUUCACUGAAUAAAUUACAGUAUUGCCAGAGCUGAAACCAGAAGUGGUGGUUUCCCUCCUUCCAGAGCCAUGCUGCAGCUCCCGGACCAGCCGGUGGGAGCACGCUCCCAUCUGGGCUCUCCAGAGCCUCAUAACCGUAGCUGAGUCUUCUUCCCCAAGAUUUGCUGGAACCCAGCAAAGAGCCCCACACCAGGCCAGUGUGAGUUUGACCCCCAGCUAAAGGAGGCUAUUUCCAGCUCUUUCCCAACUCUUCCUAAGCGUGUGUUUUAUUAGUAGACUUGCAUAAAGGGGGCAUUGCCCCAGGACUUUCCAAUGGCAUUGCUAACGAAGCACCAGCCACCCCGGCAUUUGCAAGGAACCAGACAUCGUCUUUGUUAAUCAUGGGGUUUGGGCCAUAUUGUUUUAGAUUUAAUCUCUACAUUUCACCUAACACUGUAGUUCCACAGCAGAUUAAGUUGCUGUGCGAGAUCUCCGGGCCACAGAAAAUCAGGGUGUACGUCUUACCCAGACAUGGCAGCAAGUAGGAAAGAUCCUCAGCUGCUUUGCUAGUGCAGUUUUUCAGCCUCUCUUUAUUACAGAAUCACUGUAAUGGUGAUGGGACUGCUGGGAAAAGGUAAAGGUUCCUCAGUUAAUUGAAGGAAGGUAACUGCCAGCAUCAGUUGCACUAUGUUUUGUUAAACUCUGCGAAAAAAGUAAUUAUGUUUUUUUCUCCUCUGCUAGUCAUAUUAUUUCAUAUAAGAAAAGUAUUUCCAUCACAGAAGGGGGUGAAUUUAGCACCACUUAAGCAGCUGCAGGAAAACAAAAGCCAAACUGCCCAGUUUUUAUGAAUACGGGAUUUCUAAUACACUCUGCUUGCAUAAGACUGCAGCACUUGGAGCCAUGCACCCUUUUGUCUCACUUCAGUCACAAAAGGGAAAUAACUGUCCACAUAUAUUGUUCUUCCUUUGUUUCCCAUCAAAUGUGGGUUUGGAGAAUACAAAGUAUUUUUUUAAAAACCAUUUUUUCUGAGUUAUUAUUUUUCAAAGCAGAGCAUUUCCUUUUUCACUCUGUGUAAAAUUAGUGAAUUUAAUUUGCUCUGCAUUGCACUUUAUGUAUUUUUUUCACUUGUUGGGCUUUUGUUAAUCUAGUUUUAACUAGAAAUUAACCAUGAAACUAAGAUUUUUUUAUAAAAAUGCAAGUCCCAUAAAAUACAGCAAAUGAACUAUUUAGGUCAGAGAUGUUUUUAGUGAUAUGUUGAAAUACUAUAGCUUCUGAAAUUAUUUACCAUUUGGUAAAUUUAAUACAUUAAUGGAUAGCAUGGUUUAAAAUAGAAUAUGAAUAAGCAGGAGACAAAGUUCUAGACACUGGAUCUGCUUAUGUGCAAAACCUGCAUUAGUUUAAUUGAUACGGGUCUUAACAAAAUUAGUCUAAUCUAGGUUAAAGAAAUAUAAAACUAUUUAAUAAGCCAGGUUCAAAUGAAAAGAGGUCACAGAAAAGUUGAAAUUGGUUUAACCUAAUUACUGAAGAAAUAGUAUUUUCCACCAGGCUAAUGCAGAGCUGUUUAGUGGGCAGUCUGAUAAGCCCCUUGUCCCUGGAGAGGCUGAAUUCACACGAGUACAGGACACUACCCGAAGUUGUACGCGAGUAUAUAUUUCCCUGCUAUAAACAGUAGCUCCCCAAACUCUUAUGAUUACAGACCCACUUCCAGGGUGACAAUAGUAUUUCCAUUUGGUCUUUCCUGCCUUCAUCCCCUCUAAUUAUGGGAACUAGUGUCCUAAAGACAAUCUUCUUGUUCCUAAAUGAGCUAAUGAAGAGCUUACUUACCUUCCCUCUGGUUUUGGUGUUAAACUUACAGCCCUAAUACAACUGCAUGCAGUUUAGCUUAAGAAUUUUUAGAUGCCAGUUAAAACUCUUUAAACAAAGAACAGCUACUCUACCCCAGCACAGAAUCCCUUCAAAUCUUGUGGAGUAUACUGAAAAAUAAAGACCUUUUUUACUUUUACUAUGUCCAAACUCUUUAUUCCAAAUCAUACCUGGGGAAGUGGAAGUCUGCAGUGACCAGAAAACAAAGCAUACGCCAGUGAAGAGGAGAAAGAGAGAGAUGGUGACACUCUCACUUUCUUCUUGGGCUCCCCUCUCCCAGGCUGGUGUGUGUGUGUGCACAGACCACAAACAGCUCUGAAGUCCUCGACACCAUGAUGUGAAACCCCUUCAAAAGCGUUUUGUCAGCCACAUCCCACAGCCCCUGGUUCCUUUAAAGAGGCUUUCAGACAUUCUGCUUUUUCAUUUCUACAUCCAUAGGUAAAACUAAAAGCUCCAGUAGCAUGAUUACAGUCUCACCUUGAGCUGCAGGUAGAUCAUCUUGCUGGGUUUAAUCAAGCUACAGUUUUGCCUACAAAAAUGGGCAAAAUCCAGGUAUUUCUUCAUGCUGUAAAGCUGUGGUGUCCUUACAGGGAGUACCAGGAGGCUCUGGAGCAUGGCAAGCGCGCCGCCAGUGGCAUGCAAGCUUUGUGCUUGCCAUUAGUGGGCACAGGGAUACCUGUGCUGAAGAGAAAUCACAGAUUAAUGUCACCUAUACCAACCUACCACAGAGUUGGGUGCUGCACAACACUGCUCAGGUCUUGUAAUUGUGGAAAAAUCAAGCUUGAAAGCUUUGCACUAAGCACGGAGUGUCUCUGAAAAUUCAGUUUGAGUUUGGCAGAGGAGCAAGAGCAGUGACAGGCAUACUCCAAGGUGGCAGCCCAUCAGGCAGCACAAAUAACAGAUCUCUUGCCCAACUAGUUUCCCUGUUUUCAUGUAUGUUUGAAGGAAAGCUUAAAAGAGAAGACUUUUACAUGUAGAUGAUCACAAUCUGAUUUGAUUCUGCCCUCUGGGGGCAGUCUGUGAGCCAGCACAGCAGAUUUAGAUAAGGUACUUCUGCUGCCAGUGACUUGCACAUAGCGAAGAAACCUUCUUAGAAGCAGGUGCUUUUUCUUUUGUUUUUCUUGAGAUAACAAACCACAGCAAAAUGCCAUUCUGCAGACCUUUGUUAAACUCUCACUGUCUCCCUGUAGCACCAGCAGCUGGGGAGAACUCCAGAAUUCAGAGAACCGGGGCCAUAACACAUCAAAAAGCCUCUGCAAUCUAUUGCUACUGAAAAUGUUCUAGUGCUACAUCAAGAACAUACAGACUUGGGCUCUCCAAAAUUCCCUGUUGCUGUUCCUUUUUAUGAAAAUGAUGUUAAAAUCUUUGUGUCUGCAUCCGAGUCGAUUCUGCCUGCUGAACCAAGAGCACUUCCAACAGACUUCAGACGCAUAGGGAAUCGUUCUUAGUACAAGUCAUGAUGCUCCAAACAUUCUGAAUGUUUUUCUUAAAAACAUUUGCAAAAUGAGCAAUGUGAAUGUUAAUGCCUAAAAGUCUAUGAAACCAAUUGAGUGCAAAUACUAAGAAGAAUGUGCUUGCACGUGAGACGUUAAAGAAAGACUACUGAAUUACUAAUUUGCUAAGCACUUGCUCCUGAGUUUGAUUAAUGCACUAAACCAGCUUUGGUCAGAGUUACUUCUUAUAAGAACUGAGAAGGAGUAUUUUUUUCCUCGAGUUAUUCAAGUAAUUCAUAGAAUCACAGAAUGGUUUGGGUUGGAAAGGACCUUAAGAUCACCUAGUUCCAAUCCCCCUGCCACGGGCAGGGACGCCUCACACUAGACCAUGUCACCCAAGGCUCAUUCACUCAGGUAAUGAAUAGUUUGUUUCUGGUCACUGGGUUUUAGAAUGAGCAAAUCUCAUCCUCUUGCACGUCUAAUCUUCAUUGCUUGUAUGGAAAAAAUCUUUUCUGCUGUUUCAUUUCCCAGUGAAUGAUCAGGUCACUAGCUACAGGCAAUGUUUCUUCAUGUAGAUUGCAAAAUAGGCUUUGAUAAAUGUACUCUCCUCCAUGCACUUCCUGAUUAUCUGAUUAUUUUUUUAGCUUCAAAAAUGCCUUUGUGCAAUUUUCACAGAUAUGGUUGAAUAACAAUUGCAAGGAAGAAUCUAAGUAAUCUAGUAAGUGUUUUAACCACUUUUUUUCCUAAGUUAAGAAGAUGAAGAAACAUGAAGUAUUAUGAACAAAGUCAAUUCACUGCUGAAUUAAAUGUUUAUAGAACAUACUGAUUAACAAAACCAGUGAUCUGUGUGAGAGCUGUCUUUAGGAGCAAACCACUGUGUUUUAGUAAUUAUAGCAAGUGAAAAAGCAGAAAGCUUUUUUCUUCAGAAAAAGCACAAAUGGAAAACAAGAUUAAGGUAGAUUAUUUAAACCUAGGUUUUCUCCUUGACUUUAAGCCCAUCCUGCCUGGUAUGGUACUGUUGUACAUUCAGGGAUGCUCAGGACAAUAGACAUUCCUCAUGGGAAGCAGCUAGGUUCCAAAGUGUUAACUGAAAUAAAAGCAAAAGUGAGCAAACUUGUAGGAUUUUCUAAAUACUAGCGCAGCGAUUGCCAAAAAAAAGCCAAAAAGCACUACUUGUCUCCAAACUCCAAUUCAGCAUUUGAGAAGAAUCGUGCUUUAAUCUAGCUCGCACACCAUAGUUAAAAGCAGAUUCCUGUUGGUUUGCUUGUUUGUCUUACAGGGCUUGUUCUUGAUAAUAAACCUCCGAACAGGGUAUGCCAAUACACAAAUGACCACAGUUAAAUUGGAAUCUCUCAAAAUCCCCAAAUCUAUUACACAUUAUUAUUACAGAAACAACAGUCUUUGAAUGGAAAAACUACUUAAAAUUAUCUCAAAAAAGGCAAGAAGAAAAAGAAGCUAAUGCUUUAUUUGGGAAAUGCCAUUCAGCUACCAUUGACUCCCCGGCUGUGUGCUUAACUGGUCUCCUGUAGCUUUUUCAGGUUGCAUUUUUGUUGAAAACAAUAGCUGAUAAAGCAAAGAACCUUCCUUUGAUCUUUGUAAAUGAAUGUAUACAUACAAACUAUGCAUUUCCAUACAGCUGCAUACUGUACCUUGAACCAAUUCAACUCCAACCUUUUCCCCUAGGUUAGCAACCCCCAAACUUCGGGAGCUGAAGGUGCUCCUAUCUCUUUUAGCAAAUGUUUGUCUCCUGUCUUGUUUCCGCUCUCCAAAAGCCCGAGGUGCAGGAUGGAGGUGUGCUGAGCUGCAGCUCACCAGGAGCAGAGUGGCCCAAGGCCUGUGGCCAAACAGGGGUCUCACAUGCUCUGGGGGACCAGUUUGGAAUCCCAGGCCCAGAAUAUCCAAGCAGAGGGAUGGGGUACCUGUGCUCAUUCAGCCCCAGCACCUCUUGCACUUCUGCUCAGCAUCUCUCAGGCUCAGGCAGCAGAGUGGGACCAGGAGCUGCUCUCUCACACAGGGUCAGUAGGAGUCUGCAGCAAUACUAGGACAAGCUAUGCCAAGGAGGAGGCCACUGCAAACAGGGCUUGCAGCCAUGAUCCUCCCUCUCGGGAGAGCCUUUUCAGCCACCCUACCAGCCCACUUUUGUUCUUACCACCACUUCUCCACAGUGCUCUCCAGCACACCACUUAGGAUGCAUGGAUGGCUCCUUAGGGAUUGUGGUCUCAUGGCCAAGACCUGCUGCCUCAGAUGAUGUAUUGCUCAAAACACUCAAUCCUUCAUCCUAAUCAUUGACCGGACUCCAGGGCUGGGAUGUGUAAGAGACAAAGGAUCAGACCUUGGUUUUAGUGUAACAUCUGUUGGAAGGGAGUAAGAACGAUGAAAAAUGGGUAUCUUUCUUGUUCUUGUAGCCUGUGCAAUUAAAUGAAUGAAAAAGGUAUUGCAUGCAACAUUCUUACUUAAAUUUUGGGUUGUUGCUGUACAUCAGCCCAGCCUGGUCAACUGAUGAAGUGUGUUUCUUACAGUUUAUCCUACAGCAAAAAAGAAAAUUAAAAAUAGAAGUAUUAAGACUAUCCUUGCUUUAGAUUAAAGCAAGCCUGGAGUGAACAACAAAGAAAGAUUCUGUUUAUAUGCAAACUAUUUAAACAUUUGAUACCAGUAUGAAGGCAGUAGUAUUCUUAUCUAUCCAGAGGUGUGCACUCUUCUAGGUUAUGUUUAAUUGAAAACUAUUUUCGCAGUAUGUAUCUGUAUUUGAUAGGCUAAGGCCUUCCAUUUUAUAUUCUUUACAGGAAUUAGUAUGAAAAUCAUGUUUUCCCCUUUAUUGAGCUACCUGCCCAUGCUAGAUGUUCAUUCGUGUAAAGAAUAUUUCCACUACUUCGGAGGGGUUUGGGUUGGUUUUUUUAAACACUGUCCUUUUUGAAAAAUGCAGUGCUUUUUGUAUGUUGCUCAAUAGAAAAACAUAUUCCUUGCAGGGCCCUGACCACACCACCCAAGAACCCAGUGACUUGAAAACAAGGCUUGAGGGCAGGUCUUUGGGGUUGUCAGCUGCUGUAUCUCCCAUAGGAGUGACCACUUCUGUCAGGGGGGGACCUGCCCAGGAGGGUUGGGCAGAGGUGGCUGUAGGGAUGCUCAGACUGGUCCGGGAGGCUCUCUUGGAGCUGGCACAUCUCUGGUACCGGGAUGCACCAGAAACAAUAUAACGAAUAACAGAACAAAUAACAGCAACAGAAAGACGCUCUGCAUUUCUCUGCAACCUGCAACUGUCCCGUGGGCCUGGUGUAGCUCCAGCUGCAGUCCCUCAAAUCAAAGCUUGGACUGCAACUGUCAGUCCUCUGCUGUCCCUUCCUAUCACAAAGUUAACUUUCUAAACUGAGAAAGAGCUUCCAACUCUGGCACUGAUGGAAAUACUGAAUACUUUUAAUAUAUAUAUAUAUAUUUGGAAAGUAUUUGAAAAAAGCAUUUUGUCUUUUUUUAUACAACUUUUAGCCAAAUAGAAGUAUUCUGAUUAUUACUUCUGUGGAUACCUGUCCACCUGUAAAUAAACUCUCAUAUGCAGGUACAUGAACCUGAAGAAAAAAGAUAAUAAAGACUGUUCAGUGGCUAUGCGCUUUGCUAGCUGUUGGUUCCUUUGUACAUAAGAGGUAACUGUUUAAAUGUUGGGGGGGGGGGGGGGGUGUAAUUUAAUUCUUGUUCCUCUAAAGAAAGAAGAAGAAGAAAAAAACCUUUUGACUUUGUUUUUUCUGAGUUAAUACGAAGAUUUUCUAACUUUUUACUGCAGAAAUGGAUAAAUACCUGGUGCUAUGUGAACUUGAGUCACACUGGCCAUAGCAGACACACCAGUUAGAAUGCACUUUUCCUGUGGCACGCAUUGUAUUUUCUCAGAAGGGACUUUCAAAGGACCAUCAGAUGUUUACAUUUCUUCUUGUUGCCCCAAAUAGUUUUGGUUAUUGAAAUAACUCCCCAAAAUAAAGUCGUGAUCCAUUACUGAUGCGAUGAAUCCUUACAUUUAGGUAUCUACGACAGGUUUGUACGAAUACCAUUUUAGAGAUAGUUGAAAUAUUGGGCUUUCAUACUUUGUAAUGCUUUGAUGUGACAAUAAAUAUGCUGUUGCUAUCUAGUCUAACCUCAUUGUAGACCUGUAACUUCCUGUUUAUGGUUAUGUCAUAAAUUGCACUGGCUUGAAUUCAGCCAAAUACUGACUGUUCAGCUGAAAUACUCCGACUGUUAUGAUGUCCACAAAACAUUAAUUAAAUGCACUUGUAUCUGACUACCGCAGAGUAUGUCAAAUUAUUCAUGUAAUAAAACCCUUGUGUAUAACUUUU